CCAACUUUGUGAGCCUCACUUGACUUAAAGGCGACCGGAGCGCAACACGAACAAAUAAUGAAGGGAGCACUAGCUAUCACGAUAUCGGCGCUUCUGCUGGUUCAGCCAUUCCUGGCGGCACAGCUGCCGACGAAGACCAAUCACAAGUUAGUGACCAUGUCCAUGGUCCGCCCCCUUGUCGAACACGGCCGCGUCGGCAUCGACAAAUGCAAAACGUGCAUCGAUUUCGCCGGACAGGCGCUCAACGAGCUCCUCAAUAUUAUUCUCCAGGGCGGUGUUGUCGGCGGCUGCGCGGACUUGUGUAACGCCCUGGCGUCCAAGACUUCCCCUGCCAUUGGCACCGUCUGUAACAUUCUCUGUGAUAUCGUCGGAAUCGAGGAGUUCAUCAAGAUCGUACAGAACGCUGACCUUGACCCGAUCUACUACUGCGAACUGAUCCCAGCCUGUCCAAUCAACGACAACGGUGACGCCCAUUUCACCUCCUUCCAGGUGUCGCCAAAGUCAGGACCACAGGGUGUGUUUGACAUCGACUUUACCUACGAGUCUAAGAACGGAACAGGCACGGGCGAAAUCGCCAUCGAGAUCGACACUGUUGACGGCAUUCCUCUCGGAGACACGUUCUUGAACGAGCUGGCCCCUGCGGGCUCCUACAACGGAGACAUUCAGUUGAAAGCCCAACCUGACCCCAACUGUGACCCCACCCAGGGACCCUGUGAACAGUGGCUACCCGGAACUUACACCGUCAAAAUCGCGAUCUGCAACGGUGAAUGCGGAAGCAAGCACCCUCACAGCGCCAUCUAUGACGAGACUUCCGCUACAUUCACAAUCACCCAGUAAACUGUCAGAAGGAUAGUUUGUUCGAGUUGAUUUUAUAAAUAUUUUAACUGAUGCCAACAUACAAAUAAAACUGUAAAACGUU